AUGCCAGACUUGCCGCAGCCCGCUCUCUCGCCUCCGCCGACUCCGCCAAAGCAGCGGAAGCGGAAGCCCGACCCGUUCCUCGAGCUCGCCAACACUCCGGUUUCCUCGCCGCUCGCCUCUCCGGGCUCACCAGCGUCGCAGGGCGAGGGCGAUGAAUCUGCCCUCAAAAAGCUCGUCCUGACGCCCUUGCUGUUCGCCUCGUUCGUCAUUUCUCUCUUCCUCGUCGACCGGCGCAACCGUGCGUAUCGACUGGCCGAGCACCCUCCAUCGCGCGCCUCGUCGUGGCGAACGUACUUCUCGCCGCGGCAGUGGCUGGACCCUCAGCCCUACCAGAACCCGACCAACUCGACAUGGGAAGCCCACGGGUCGGACGGCGACGACGAGCCUGACGGAGGCAAGCAGUGGUUUGUUGGCAAAAAGCACCGCAAGGUUGUAAGGCUGGAGUUUAGCGAGGCCUUCGAGCUGCGGGGGAAGAUCAUGGUCGCUUUGGGCGUUGGCUGGACCUUGGGCAUCUUGGCCCUGCUGUGGUCGGUGAAGAGGCUGGUCCAGGUGGUGUGGUGA